AUGCCUAGCCUAACAACAGCGGAUUGCCUCCCUUACAACAUAUGGACCGCCGUUUCCAGCCUCGUCACCUCAGAUUCCGUCCACAGCCUGUGCGGUCUGCGGAUGGUUUGUCGGGCCACACGCGAUGCAGCCAGCGAGAACGUUGUGUUUGCAAGCGUGUCCAUACCUUGUCUCAUUGACAUGGCCACGAUUUGGGACCGUUGUCCCGAGGCGGUGGUUUUCUUCAGUUGCUGUAGGGAGAGCGGCAACCCGGAGCUUCUGUUUUGGGAGGGGCUAAGCGAGUGCUUCAAUCGACGCCAUCCCGAUGCGGGGUUGGAUCUGCUGCGAUCUGCCGCAGUAAAGGGCCAUCAUGCCGCCAAAUACGCCAUGUCGUUGGUGACCUUUCUUCGUCCGGCCGAGACGAGCACCAUGAAGCAGGCUCUGGAGUGGUUUCGUUCGGUUGAGGCCGCCGGUGUGCUUCGAUGCUGCAUGAGAUGGUGCUACUUGGUUCUCAUGUGUCCAUCGCGGCCUGAAGUUCAUAUACCCCAGAUAGGGGGCACUCCGCUAUGUGAUUCGCCUUGUUGCCCGACUCGGGACAACACAAGAGUCAUCUACAACUACUACCAUCGUGGUAGCCAGUACCAACAUUAUCGCUGCUACGAGGGUUUGAGGACUAUCUCAUGCGUCAAGUGUCGCACCGACUACGAGCUGAUAUUAUUUGUCAACGGGUGGUGUCAUCGAAUCGCACGGAAACCAGUUGGUUUUCCUGUACUUUUCGACGAUGGCCUUUUGGUCUUUUAA